AUGAAGGCACUGGGAACUCUCAAGAGCGACCGCGCGAUCGUGAAUAUUGCUAGGAUGGCUUCGCUGAAACACGAUCCAGACGUCUACGCGGACCGGUCCUCCAAAGCUGCCAACGCGCAUUUCACGCAGAGUGUCGCCAAGGACGUCUCGAAGUUUGGGAUUCGGGUCAACGCCGUGUCUCCGGGUAUGUCACGAUAUACUGAUGUCUCUGAUUUGCCCUCUGUCCGAGAUGUGAAAAUAUCCCAACUCUCUCAUCACACCAUAAGGUCGACUGCAACUCCGAUGUUGAGAGAAUUCACUGGUGGCAAAGAGGCACAACUGGACGAUUGGAAAAGCCGAGGGUGGGAAGUAAUCGAGCCGGACGAUGUCGCCCGCGUGGUUGUCCGGCUCCUUAGUGAGGACUCGCGAUCAGUGUUUGCAGCCAACCUCAACAUUGGGGCUGCGCUACCAUAG